UCGUGAGCAUGGGUGAGUCGGGGACGCCCAUUGGGCGCCCACUUUCCGGUGUGGGGUUAGGUCGCCUCCUGUGGCUCUCCUCUGGCCGGUCCUGCCGUUCUUUUGUCCCCAGGAAUUUUCUGCAGAAAUUCAGCUCACAGCUCCAGUGAGGCCUUAGUACCUCCUUGGCCCAGGAUGGCUAGAGAAUCAAGAGAAAGCACAACCCUGGAUGCCCAAUCUGCAGAGGACCAUUUGGGGCUCCUGGUCAUAAAGGUGGAGGAAGAAGAGGCGUCCGCCUUGGUGGAGGAAGCCAGUUUGCCUGGCAGCUCUGCUCAGAGCCCUGAGCGCUCCCGCCAGCACUUUCGAGGCUUCCGAUACCCGGAGGCUGCAUGCCCUCGACAGGCGCUGAGCCGGCUCCGGGAGCUCUGCCGCCAGUGGCUGCGGCCCGAGAUGCACAGCAAGGAACAGAUCCUGGAGCUGCUGGUGCUAGAGCAGUUUCUGACCAUCCUGCCGGGGGACCUGCAGAGCUGGGUGCGGGAGCAGCAUCCAGAGAGCGGGGAGGAGGUGGUGGUGCUGUUGGAGUAUUUGGAGAGGCAGCUGGACGAACCGAUGCCCCAGGACCCAGGAGGUAACCAGGGGCAAGAACUGCUCUGUUGCAAGAUGGCACUGUUGACACCAGCUCAGGGGUCACAAAGUAGCCAGUACCAGCCAGUGAAGGCUCUGCUCAAGCAUGAAUCUCUGGGAUCACAGGCCUUACAAGACAGAGUUCUCCAGGUUCCUGGGCUUGCCCAGGGAGGCAGCUGCAGAGAAGACUCAGUGGUAGCUGCCAGGCUCACUCCAGAGUCCCAGGGGUUGCUGAAAAUGGAAGAUAUGGCCCUGACCCUCAUCCCUGAGUGGACACAGCAAGAUUCAUCUCAGGUGACCCUCCUCAGAGAUGAAAGGCAGGAGAACUGUGGCAGCCUUGCCUCCCUGGGUGGUGAAAUGCUGACUAAGAUCAGAGACUUGCCUCCAGCUGAGAAACAUCCAGAACAAGAGCCUGGGCAGAUACCAUGCCACCUGGGUGAGGACCAGAUUCCUGCAUAUGCAGAAGCUGGUGAACAGGAGGGCAGGUUACGAAGAAAGCAGAAAAAUGCCACAGGGAGGAGGCGACACUAUUGCCAUGAAUGUGGAAAGAGUUUUGCUCAGAGUUCAGGCCUGAGUAAGCACAGAAGAAUCCAUACUGGAGAGAAACCCUAUGAAUGUGAGGAGUGUGGCAAAGCAUUCAUUGGGAGCUCUGCCCUUGUCAUUCAUCAGAGAGUCCACACUGGUGAGAAGCCAUAUGAGUGUGAAGAAUGUGGCAAGGCCUUCAGUCACAGCUCAGACCUUAUCAAGCACCAGAGAACUCACACUGGGGAGAAGCCCUAUGAGUGUGAUGACUGCGGGAAAACCUUCAGCCAGAGCUGCAGCCUCCUCGAACAUCACAGGAUCCACACAGGGGAGAAGCCAUACCUGUGCAACAUGUGCGGCAAAGCCUUUAGGCGGAGUUCACAUCUCCUGAGACAUCAGAGAAUUCAUACUGGUGAUAAAAAUGUUCAGGAACCUGAGCAUGGAGAAGCUGGGGAAAGUCUGGAUAGGUUGGAAAGCCAGUGGGAAACUGUUGAGGCUCCCACAUCUUACAAAUGUAAUGAGUGUGAGAGAAUUUUCCCUCAGAAUACAGGCCUUAUUGAACAUCAAAAAAUCCACACUGGUGAGAAACCCUAUCAGUGCGAUGCAUGUGGGAAAGGCUUCACCCGAACUUCAUACCUUGUUCAGCAUCAGAGAAGCCAUGUCGGGAAAAGAAUUCUAUCACAGUGACCCUCGUCAUACUUGCUGAAGUUGGUGCUCAUUUCUCAUUGAACUGAAGCCACCCUGGAACCUUCUCAGCUUCAGAAGUUGUGGGCUGGGGCUUUAUUUACUACUCUACUCAUCAGGUGUUAGAAAAUGUAGUCUGGCUGAGAUAAAUUCUUCUGUAUUCUAGAAGUUGAUUGGGAAAAAUCUUAUUUGAUAGGAGGCUUUGAGAGAUCUGUCUGGAGGAGAUAACACCUGAAAUGGUUUGUUCUCACUGGUUGGAAUUAAAUGGGCUUCAACACUGACUGCUUGCCCUCAACCAGCACUUUAUGAUGUCUACUGGGUGGAUGGUUGUGAUUUGGGGGCUGCUGCUCUGACCAUUCUUUUUGACUGUAGUGAAUCCUCCACCCU